AUGCCUCUGCCCUUUGGCAUCAGGCAGAGUGUUGGCUUUACUGCAGUCGAAUUUAGCCGUUCAGCUUUUGCUGAAGUCCUCAAAGAAGAGACAGUCCUGGAAAAAUCAUCUGUACAGACAAUUGGUGAAGAACAAAUACAGAACCCUUAUACGGAGCUCCUUGUGUUGAAAGGCCAUCAAGAUAUAGUACGAUUUCUAGUGCAAAUAGAUGAUUGCAGGUUUGCGUCUGCAGGAGAUGAUGGAAUCAUAUUUCUGUGGAAUGCUCAGACCGGAGAAAAACUUUUUGAGCUUCAUGGACACACACACAAAAUUACAGCUAUAGCACCAUUUUCUUCAUCAGGUGCUUCUGAAGAAAAAAAGCAUUUUAUUUUAACAGCAUCAGCUGAUAAAACAGUUCUUGUUUGGGACUGCACUAGUGGUAGACAGAUUCAGAAAGUGUCAUGUUUCCAUUCUACUGUAAAGUGUUUGACAGUUCUUCAAAGACUGGAUGUAUGGUUGUCUGGAGGGAGUGAUCUCUGUGUUUGGAACCGAAAAUUAGAUCUCCUGUGUAAGACCAGUCAUCUUACUGAUGCAGGUAUCAGUGCUUUGGUUGAAUUGCCUAAAAAUUGUGUUGCGGCAGCUGUUGGCAAAGAGCUGAUAAUUUUUAGGUUGAUUCCUUCUAAUGAUGGGUCUGAAGGCUGGAAUGUCCUUGAAGUAAAACGCCUUGUAGACCAUCAGGAUAACAUUUUGUCAUUAGUCAGCAUCAAUGACUUGACUUUUGUGACAGGUUCUCAUGUGGGUGAGUUAAUAGUUUGGGAUGCACUUGACUGGACAAAGCAGGCAUCUGAGUGCAACUUCUGGGACUCCUCUGUACAGCCAGAAAUAAAGUUAUCCCAAAGCCCAAAUGAAACUUCAGUUCAACACUUGACAUCUGAUGAGGAGUGUGUGUUUGCUGCGAUUGGGAAAGGCAUACACGUAUAUAAUCUUCAAAUGAAGCGUGUGAUUGCCUGGCAGAGAACUGCUCACGACUCGUCUGUACUGCACAUUGAGAAGCUUCCGAACGGGCAGCUGAUCUCCUGUUCAGAAGAUGGCAGUGUGCGCAUUUGGGAGCUCCGAGAAAAGCAGCAGCUGCCAGCUGAACCGGUUCCAACCGGCUUUUUCAGCAUGUGGGGAUUUGGAAGGGCAAACAAGCAGCCAAACCAAGCUGCUAAGAAGAUACAGGAGAAUACACCUAUGUAUUUCUUGGAGCUGGUUGGUGAUUUGAUUGGUCAUUCAUCAGCUGUGCAGAUGUUCCUGUACUUUGGUGAACUGGGACUGGCUACGUGCUCUGCUGACCACCUCAUCAUUUUGUGGAAGGAUGGUGAACAAGAAUCUAGACUCCGCAGUCUAACACUAUUCCAAAAAUUGGCGCAAAAUGGUGAUUUGCAGCUCGCAUUUUAA